GGCGGCGACAGAGGGGCAAUUUGAUGGAGCACCAAAUAUGGCACAGGUUGAAGGAGCGGAGAGACUUUGAUGAAACUGUCUCUGGCAGGAGCCAUUUCUGAGCACAGCAAUUUGGGUUGUGUAGUUCUGUUGGAUACACCUCACAUGAUUCUCUUACGAUGAACAGACAAACAUAAACUACAUUUUCCAGCAUUUCACCCACAACCAUGGUGACAGUUACUGUUGCAGCGACGGGUCAGAGCAUCGACAAUAUUGCAGAUGUUGCCAACCUCACAUUUAAGUGGUAGCCUAAAACUAGAUCAUAUUAUUAAACAAAAUAUAAUUAACGAAUGUUGUUGUCCUUAUUUAGCGGUCUAGCUAGCUGUUAGAUAUAUACAGCACAUCAUUUGUUUUCAGGUGUAUCCAGAUUGCCGCCUCUCCUGUAUCAGAACAAAAAGCAGGGAAUGACAGAUAUUAACGUUACAUCUUCUAGCAGCGAAGAUACUAGCUCAUCUAGCUAAUGAGUCUGUCGCAUGCACUCGGUUGGUUAACGUUUAUUACUGACUAGCUAGCUAGCUGGUAAAGUCGGUUUUGGAUAGCAAUUAGUUGGAAGGUAGUUUUCUCGGUAUAUUUCUGAUUUUUAAACUCGACAUUUGGGGGAAAAAUGGGCGUACCAAGUCUGACGUUGGACACCAACGGGCCCAUGGUGGACCUAUCGGACCAGGGCCUCCAGAAACUGGAGCCGAACUUCCCCUGCCCAGCAGAUACCCACACCCUCAUUCUGGACCGAAACCACAUCAUGAAGCUGGAGCACCUAGAGCGAAGCCACAGGCUCCAGCAGUUGUCAGUAGGCAGUAACCGGCUCGUGCGCAUGAUGGGAGUUUCGCAGCUUACUUCACUAAAGGUUUUGAAUCUGCCCAGCAACAGCAUCGGGUGCAUCGAGGGCCUGAAAGAACUGGUGCACCUGGAGUGGCUCAACCUGGCUGGGAACAAUAUUAAGGUCAUGGAGCAGCUCAACACCUGCGUCGCGCUCCAACACCUAGAUCUGUCUGACAACAACAUCUCCCAGAUCGGUGACCUGACCAAGCUUUCUGCCUUGAAGACGCUGCUGCUUCACGGGAACAUCAUCACCACGCUGCGUGCCGUCCCCGCCUUCCUGCCCCCCCACCUGUCCAUCCUGUCCCUCGCCGAGAACGAGAUCAGGGAUCUCAACGAGGCGUCCUAUCUGGCACCUCUACUGGACCUGGAGCAGCUGUCAAUCAUGAGUAACCCCUGUGUCAUGGCGACGCCCUCCCUGCCAGGAUGUGACUAUCGCCCUUACAUGGUGAGCUGGUGUCUGAGCCUGAAGGUCUUGGACGGAUAUGUGGUGUCGCAGAAAGAGGGGCUGAAGGCAGAGUGGCUCUAUAGCCAGGGAAAAGGUCGCAUGUACAGACCCGGGCAGCACGUGCAGCUGGUCCAAUACCUGGCCUCCGUCUGCCCCCUGACCUCCUCCUCCGCACUGCAGUCCGCCGAGGAUGCCAAGCUGGAGAAGAUCCUCAACAAGCAGAGGCUGCACCAGCGGCAGCUGCUCCAGCAGACCCGGCCCGCCCCUCCCCGGCCCACGCAGCUGGACGUGGAGCAGCACCGCCCCGAGGCCCCGGCCCUGGUCAAGCACACAGGUACCACACCGCCCAAAAACAGCACCCAGGUCAAGCACACAGGUACCACACCGCCCAAAAACAGCACCCUGGUCAAGCACACAGGUACCACACCGCCCAAAAACAGCCCCCUGCACACAGGUACCACACCGCCCAAAAACAGCCCCCUGCACACAGGUACCACACCACCCAAAAACAGCACCCUGCACACAGGUAACACACCACCCAAAAACAGCACCCUGCACACAGGUACCACACCGCCCAAAAACAGCCCCCUGCACACAGGUACCACACCGCCCAAAAACAGCCCCCUGCACACAGGUACCACACCGCCCAAAAACAGCCCCCUGCACACAGGUACCACACCGCCCAAAAACAGCCCCCUGGUCAAGCACACAGGUACCACACCGCCCAAAAACAGCACCCUGCACACAGGUACCACACCGCCCAAAAACAGCACCCUGCACACAGGUACCACACCGCCCAAAAACAGCACCCUGGUCAAGCACACAGGUACUACACCACCCAAAAACAGCACCCUGGUCAAGCACACAGACCCUGCCGUGCAGGUGAACAGCUGGCUGGGCAGCGAGCACUCCUACGCCGCCCCGCUCACCGCCCGGACCCCCACGUCGGCCGGGGAGCCCCUCCUCCUGGAGGACGUGCAGCCGGACGAGGGCGGGCUCCGCGGCAGCCUGCUGUCCUCCGAGUCCACCUUCCUCCUGUACCCCCCGUCCCCGCACGCGGCCCAGUCCGACAGCGAGGAGGAGGAGACGUACGAGCCCGACUCCCUGGCCCCCGACGCCCCGCGGGCGGCCCCCGGCGCGGGGCCGGACCCCGAGACGGACCGCUCUCUGACGGAGGGGCACUCUCUGCGCGCGGACGAGGAGCUGGCCCUGGGGGCGUGCGGGGAGGGCGCGGCCGCGGGGGCGGAGCCCCGACAGGAACAGGAAGCGGGGGGGCGUGGCGACGGCAGCGCGGCGGCCGUGCGGAUCCAGGCCUGGUGGAGGGGCCUCUUCACCAGGCGCUUCCACCCGCAGGCCAGGGAGGUGCGCUCGGAGAUCCGUCUGCGGAGGAUGCAGGAGCACAUCCUGUUCCUGUCCGGGGAGGUGGAACGGAUGCAGAAGGAACAGGAGGAGGAGAGACUGCAGAGACUGGUGCAGGAGGAAGCCGUGCGCUUCUUGUGGACACAGCUGCAGUCUGUGUUGGACUGGCAGCGCUCCGUGCAGGACCCCCAGCAGGGCGCGGCUCGGGCGGAGCCGAACGGGCGUGGCCCUGCCCCUCAGUGCCCCCUGCAGGCCACGGCGAGCGCGCUGACCCAGGCCUGCAGCGAGGUCUCCUUCCCGGACUCCGGCUUCCAGUCCACGGGCGAGCCGCAGGGCGCGCUGGAGGACAGCCUCUGCAGCGGGACGGGCGAGUCCCUGGAGACGGUGCGGGCCGGGGCGGGCCGGGGGGGCGACAGCCAGGACGGCAGUCUGCUGCAGCAGUACCUCUCCUCCGUCCAGCAGCUGGAGGAGGCCGAGGAAGGGGCCAGCGAGCAAGCUGCAACGCCCCCGGCACGGUCCCCUGUGCCUGGACUCUCCGCGCGGGACUCCCCCUCCCCGUCCAGUGUGAACUGGAACGAGGAAACGGAACGGCAAAACACACUGCUGGAGGCCGGAAUGUGAGGCCCGGUGUGUCAUAAAAAAACACUCACACAGUGUAUAUAUGCGCGCACCCAUUCAGCGUACACGCCUACACGCACACAGUGUACACGUGCAAACAAACAGCGUACAUAUGUGCUAACACACACAACACACACACAUACACGCAAGUAUACCUAUCACUCGUAUGCAAUCUAUGCUACCCGAAGUGCAACACACAGAAACGGACACAUGCACAGCUGUAGGGCAGAACUGUAUAAUAUAUGUAUAAUAUACAGCCAAUAUAACAGACCUAACCUAUAUAAUGUAAACCAGGCGUAUGAGUUGCUGUAAAAAUCCAGGCCAUCUUCUAGUGUCCAGUUGUGGUGCAUGCUGGGUAGAAGAGCCUGCAGGCUUGUAACCAGUCCCCUCUGCCUGGUACUGUACUCCCCAUAGUCUGGCUCCUCCUUAUUUAUUGAUUUUACCAAUCCUGCGUAACUCGGACAACGGCGCAGUUGCAGUUUCAGCUCUUCGUUUCACUUGUGCUUUGCUUGAGUUUCAAACUAGUUUCAACUAGUUUUCAUGUUUGUUGUCUACCUUGCGGUUGCAGUUGUGUUCAUUCCUCCAGGCCUCUUCUCCAGAUGAGCCAGUUUCUCGGCUGGAAAGUUGAGCCUUUCGUUUUGUAGCAGUAAAACAAGGAAUGUCCAUAAUCCUGUAUAUACAGCAUCUGUAUUGUCCUCUCAACACAACUUGGUUUUUUUUUUCAGUUUAUAUUAAAGAUUGAAAGAUUUUUUUAAA